UUUUCGGUUUGAUUUCCAAAUAGUGUUCGUCGGUGUGAAAAUUUUCGUGAAAAUGUCUUACAGUAAUUCGACUUCCGAUCAUGAUGCUUUUCAAUACGGCUACACUCACAAUUCGCAUCAUUAUAUUUCAGAUGGAAGCACGAUAGGAGGAGAUGAAUCAAACUUCUGGUCUAAUAGUCCGUCGCGAACGGAUUCGCCAUCGCCGAAUAUUCUCCACGCACAAAAUCAAAUAGAAAAUCACUAUCAGAUAUACGCCCCUUCAAGUUGUCCCACAUCGCACAAUCAUUAUUCUCCCUACCGAACCAAUUACACGUCAAUAACAUCAGAUCCGGAUUUAGGGACUCCAUUCGUAAGGGUUGUUAAACGCCGAACAACCGCAAACAAAAAAGAACGUCGCAGAACUCAAAGUAUCAAUAACAGCUAUGCUAUGUUGAGAGACUGCAUACCAAAUGUCCCAGCAGACACAAAACUGUCAAAGAUCAAAACGUUGCGUUUAGCAAAAAGCUACAUUUCGUAUUUGACGAGGGCUUUGGAAACAGAUGACACGGUCGGCGGAUUCAAAGCGGAGCUUGGAUCACUUUCUAGAAAAUCGAAUAGCAAUAAUCAAAUUCAAAUUAAUAGUGAAUCGUUGAACGAAUUUAAUUCUCAUAAAAGUGACAGCUCGGAAGAGACAAACAACUGUAGGAAGGCAAAGGGUAGAACGGGGUGGCCCCAGCACGUGUGGGCGUCGGAAUUAAAACAGGAACAAGGGCUGUAAGCCGAAAUUCCCUAUCGAUAUUUAACAACUCAAGCAGCAUUACCAAAAAAGGGCAAUUAAAUCAAUUUGUCACUUGAGAUUUUCGUUAUCAAGUUUAGAGUGAAAUAAAGCCGUCGGUAUGGUUCAACAUUCCUUAUGUACGAUUUUGAUUGGCCAAAGUGGUCUAUACGAAAAGUAUUAAAAUUUAUUAUUACCUAAAUAGGCAGGUUGUUUUGAGCGGUUAUUUCACUUUAUUUCACAUUAUUCACUUUUCUUUCUAGUCUAAUUUUUUGAUUCGAUUUUGAUUUUUGAUAAUUUUUGUUAUCAAGCGCACUUGUUAUUUCUGAAUAAAAUCCACACAGCAGGCCGCAGUAGGUAGUAGAAAAAAAAUAUAUUUUUUUUUAAAUUUUUAUUUUAAAAGUUUUUAUUUUGUGUUAAUCGAAAUAAAAUUAUGCUUCGCUACUGCGUUUUUGACGAAUUUGUCGUUACUUCCGUAUGUUCAAAAAAACUUGCUGUUACUAGGGACUUCUAACUUGGUCGAAUGGUUUUCGAAUAAUUAAUAAAAAUGCUUUUUUUUCCCAUUUCUACUCACUUUUGGUUGAUAAAUAUGCCCUUAAAGUCUUUGUUUUGAACUUUGAAACACUCUGUAUAACAAUUUUGUUCGGAAUGCUUCGCGGGGAUGCUAUCAUGCUAUCAUAUAGGGGGUGCUGCCAUUGCCAUGUGGGUGAUUCUGUUUUAACUGUGAUUUUUUAUGUCUUGUAUUGUUUGUCCUCACUGUUAAUUAAUUAAUAAUAUAAUAAUAGAUUUUUUUGUAUUAAUUAAAUGAUCAUAACCUACAAUAUAUCAGCUAAAUGUCAGUACCGUGUCUAAAAUUUGUCUAUAAAUUCUUUUUUUUUGUGGCAAUAAACGAUUUAAAAAUAAUUACUUCAUAAAUUCUUAUUUCUAUGAUCAAAUUUAAAAAAAAAAUGACACUCUUUGUGUUAAUGUUUUAAGUUAACACAGAAUUCUGGUUCCAUAACUUUUGCCUUUAACGAAUUUUUGCAUUUGAAAUUAUAGGACUCGAGCGCCAUCUACCUUGAUUUAUGAAACGUCUAGUGAAUCAUGUUGUAAGUACGUCAUCUGAGUACUGUUUACAAACAUGAAGUUGAUGACAUAGUCCAAAGAGUUUAUAUGACUUUAGAACUCAAAUUUAUUUUAUGUCAGUACCGUGGAUAAAUGAGUCAGUACCACGGAACGGAAAAUUUUAAAUUUGUUUCUCGUUCUUGAGGCUUUGAAAUUGUAGUAAAAUUCUUUCAGGCUUUUAUUUUUACAGUAAAAUAGAUGAAUAAUAUGCAUAAAAAAUUAAAAAGUCUGGUUUUAAAAUCUUAGAAAUUUUAAGUAAAAAAGUAACAGCUAGAACGGAAUUACCCAUGUGUCGGUUUUAUUUUAUUUUGCCCACCCCUACCGCAGGUGGGUUUAGUGCGCCACUGGUUAGGCCGAAUCUAGCGUACUUUAGGGGUUAAACGUAUGUUACACCAAAUAAUUUUAUUUGUAGUAGUUUCUCGAAAUUGUAUAUAUUAUCUAUUUUAGUCGGAAUUUACCAGAUGGCCCCAAUGUAUACAUUUAUCUACCUUAAGAGUUUUAUAUAUUGUAAUUAUAGCCGGGUUUAUAAUUAGCUAUUUUAUAUCCGAUUUGUUUAUAUUUUUAGUUUGUAUUUAUAGAAUGAAAAAAGCGGCAUUAUUGCAGGUAAGGUAAAAUUAA